CUCGUGGGCUUCAGUUGUGUUUAUCGCUCAGUGAGUAACGUUACUGCCGCCACUGUGACCGAAACUGUGACUGUGACUGUGCCUGUGACUCUGACUCCAGCUGUGACUCUCGUGCGUCGGUUGUGCGGCUCGGUGGCGUAUGCUUGAUUGGUGUGGCGCCCAGGCGUAUGCUUGAUUUGAAACGCGAUCUAGCCAACGCUCUCGCAGUGCAUCCUUAAGGAUAUCAACAGAAAUAACAACAAACCCAUCAUUGAAUUGUGCGGCUCCUCUUGAAGUUAAUCCACAGAUAUUCUUGCACACACACACACGCUAGUGUGUAGUGCUGUGGCUUUGUGUGGUAGUGAGGUUGUGGCUGUGUGUGUGUAAUGCGUAUGUAAUCCAAGCAAAUCUGUCACGUGUUUUGGAUAUCUUUUUCUGAGCCCGCCAACAAAGCCCGGGAAUUUAUUGAAAAAUCGCACAAAGAUAAAUGCGCUAAACCAACAGAUACGAAAAACGGAAAACGACCAAAAUCCAAUCCGAAUCAAAAGGGCGGUGGGACUUAACCCUAGAGACAGAUGCUGAUGUUCCCCCCAAACGGAGAAAUAGUGAACAUGGCCCAGAGCCAAUGGUUAUUGAUGGUCCGAAUAGACGGAAUCACUGUUGAGGCACUGAAGAACCGAGACGAAAAGAAAUAUUAAACAAAUUAUGAGCAGCAGCGCGAUUGUAGGGCAAUAAAAUUGGCCAUAAAAACGCAGUUGAUACCGUGCCGAGCAAUAAAAAAAAAGAAAACUAUUGUUUGACAAACUGUCGGCGGAGUCACUCGAAAGUAAAAUUGUGAACGUUUGCAGAAAGUCGGUGGGGCGUUUUCCAAGGAAAGUCCCAAAGUUGGCACACGUUGCGUAUACGCCGCGUUGGCAGUUCCGCAGUUUUCCAGUAGGUGUUAAAUGCGUUCGCAAAUAUCUGCUGGAGCAGUAGCUCCCCCGACCACAGUUCCCCUCGGAUCCACCACCGGAAGCCAGUGAAAGUGCCGAGCUGUGCACUAUUUCCGCGUAACUGAACAUUAUCGCUCUCGCUCCCUCGCGGGAGGGGAUGCGCUCCUGGAAAAGUCGCAGUCGAUCCGAAAUGCAAGCACUCGAAACGAGAACGCGGCCCCUGCAGGGCGCCCAACUCACUCAGCUUCUGCUCGGAGGCAUCCUCUGCCUCUCAAUCGCAUCACACACACAGACGUCGGCGGAGGCGGCAGGAGGGCGUGGAUCUGGAGGAGUAGGAGCAGGGACAUCGUCGUCAUCGGCAGCCUCCACAGCCAUCAGCUCGGAUGAGAGCGGCGACCCAUCAGCGGCGACCGCAUUCUCCAGCCUGGCUCAAGUGUCCUCGCUUCUGCCGGAGGCAUCCGCCCUGUCGGCGACAUCGGGACUCGUGGAGCCCUAUCUGGAUGGCUACGCCACCUCUAAUGUGACCACUCAGAUCGGGACACAUGCGUAUCUGCCCUGUCGGGUCAAACAGCUGGGAAACAAAUCUGUGUCCUGGAUUCGUCUGCGAGAUGGACACAUCUUGACCGUUGACAGGGCCGUCUUCAUAGCAGACCAGCGAUUCCUGGCCAUCAAGCAGCCGGACAAGUACUGGACCCUGCAGAUCAAGUAUGUGCAGGCCCGCGAUGCCGGAUCCUACGAGUGCCAGGUCUCCACGGAGCCCAAAGUCAGCGCGCGUGUCCAGCUACAAGUUGUGGUGCCUCGCACGGAGAUCCUGGGAGAACCGGACCGCUACGUGAAAGCGGGCAGCAACGUGGUGCUCCGCUGCAUAGUGCGCGGUGCCCUGGAGCCGCCCACGUUCAUCAUGUGGUACCACGGCGCCGAGCAACUGGCGGCCGACUCCCGCCGCCACCGCACGCAACUGGAUCCCAACUUGCCGGAGGCCUCCGGCGAAGGCCAGAGCACGAUUGGCUCAUUAAUCAUCGAGUCGGCCAAGAAGCGCGAUACUGGCAAUUACACAUGUAGCCCGUCGAAUAGCCCCAGUGCGACCGUAACGCUGAACAUAAUAAAUGGCGAAUCGUCGGCCUCGGCGGUCACCUCAUCGGCAGCCACCACCCGGGCCUACGCCCUCAGCAUCCUGGCACUCCUACUCAGCGUGAUUAUCAUCGGGGUGGGCCACCGCACAUGACAUGUCACUGCCUCCAAGCAAAACUGAGGGACAGGAAACCCAGCAUCUGCUAAAAAUGAGAAGAUGGGAAGUCCAACACUCUGCCAACGUAAAAAGUAUAAAACCAAAUUAAUUUGAUAGACCCAAAUAGCAAAAGCGACAAGAAAAGAGAGAUUAAACUUAAUAAUCGAGUGCAUGUUGUAAGCUAGUUGAUUUUAUCCACUAACUAAUAACCAAUACAUAUACCGCAGCCAGUUUCGAGAACCCCGAAAUCCAGCUAAUCGUAAGUUCUACCGGCUAUAAGCGAACUAGUUAGUAAGCCCCUAGUCUUAGGCAGACUCCUAGCUGAUUUCGUUAUUUAAUUUUUUGGUUUGGGUUUUCGGUUUGGUUUCGGGGGCCUCUGUUUUGUGUAAAAUACCGAGUAAGUUUGCAUAAAUGCAUAACCGUAAAUAUUUAUGCAGUCCGAUAUGAAAUUGCAUCGAUAUCCUGAAUGCAUUUGGAAGAGGGAACGGAUUCAGGGAAAUUCCUGCCAUCAAACGAAUGCGUUUUUGGAAAAAUUCAACUCGAAUGCAUUUGCAUGGCAAUUUGAGUCUGGGAAAACAUUUGCAGGCUCCUUCCUAUGUGGCGACAUGCUGAACUUUUCAAUUAGCCAUAUCUCCCGCACCCCUCGCACAGUUUCCACUCUCUCUUCUCCCCCUCUCACUCACGGAUGUCGGACAAUUUUGAAUAUUUAUUAUUUUUAGCAAAUACUGAACUGUGGCCGGUGACCUCGUUCUCUCGUUUCUAGAAAUAUCUAACUUCUGUUGCCAAUAAAUGCACCUAAAAUUGUAUACCCUCGAAUUGGCCGUCCCGAGAAUCAAAGAAGUUUUCUAUGAUUUCAAGGAGUUUACAUAACAUUAUCAUUGUCAAACAGAAAACCCACAUAUAUGGACUGUCCGAUAUGUGUGCGACAUGGUAAACAUUUGCAUAGCCAAUUUAUGGAACUCUAUUUUAUGUGCUCUUAUCUCACGAACAAGCUCGAAACAUGCGGGAAAAACCAAAAUUCAUAAAGAAAAUAAUUGCGUAAGAACAAAAAAUUAUAGCAAAUACAUGCAUUGAUCGGAUUGGACAUCCAGCAGAACACAGCAUAUAAACAAACAAAAACAAUUUAAUUGAUAACGAAAGUAAAUUUAUUGAAUUGAGCGGACUGACUCGCGAACUGUAUAUAACUCUAUUGCGAAAUCGUUCAACAAAAUGUAAAUUAAUUGAAUAUACAAAUAAUAUAAAUGGCUGAAUCCAACCAGAGACGUAUUCCGAACACUAAUGAAUUGCAUUUAAACGAUACAAAUAAAUACAUAAAAUAAAUAAACAAAUAGCAGGCAGGAGACAAAGGCGGAAGGCAGUCAAAGAAAUAAAAACGAAAUCAAACGGACAAAAUGUAAACAUCGUGUGCAGCGCGCACCCGCAGGCCCGGCCCGUAUUUAUUUAUCCACUUAACGUCCUUUUUAAUUACACACACUCGUCCAAUCCACGGCAAAUCCCAUAAAAAUCGUCUGAAAUUAAUUAAAGUUAUCUCUGUCCUUGCGUCGAAAUUGAGGCUGCUGCAGCGUCAACUUAAUUGCAAUUAGGUGCAAGCCGCGCACACACAUUCUCCCACUUAAACAAUGCCCUCAAAGUGGCAUUAAUUAUGUGUGCGACUGCUGUCCCAAGGCGCCGGUUGUUACACCCUGCGUAUACUUAAUGCGCUCGCCUUUGAGCGUUUAACGAAUUGAUCCCGGGCCAAGUUAACCGCAAGCAGCUGCGAGAAAAUAAAGCCACGGAAAUAAAUUUCUGCGGUCAGAAUAAUGCAGCGGGGGAGGGCUGGGGGGUGUUAAAUUAACAGGGAUUCCUUUCACGGGUGUGGACAAUUAACACAUUCCCGUUUGCAUGCAUCAAAUGCUCGCGGUUUGCGGCUAACCGCCUUUGAGGCAACCACCACCCACUUAACUUUCAGCCUUUUAUUUUGCCGCCAAAAAGCCACCAACAACCCAUUGGACAGCCCAUAAAACUGAAUGUUGAACAAUGAAACUUUGUUAGAUUUAAGCAGCGCAUAUGACCAUAGCAAGUACUAUACAAAUCGAAAUCAAAAUACAUUUCUAAGCUCUUAAGUGUUUUUCAUCAACUCGAUUAACGUAUAGACGCCAUACGUGUAAUUAUCAACACCCCGAAUAAUUGUAAAUAAAUCGCAUUACACGCAAACGUCCCAAAAUCGAGGCGAGGCGUGGACAUUACCUUUUAAAGACAGACACUCGAACUCACGUGUACUCAUGAUAUGGCAAAGUUUAUUGUUAAGUACCGACUAAUAACGAAAAGAAAUACUUACACAUACAUAUGUAAACGAAACUAAGAACUAUGUGAAACUUUAACUGACAAAUUUAUUGCAUUACAUACAAUAAAAUAAUAAAAUUGAAUAACUUAA